UUCCAAUUCUCAACUUCUUUGUUUUGUUCCGGGAUACAUUCAGUACUCUACCUCAGUACCUGGAUCUCAACUUCAGUAUCUCAAGAAUCCACAUAUCCUCUAUCCUCUAUCCACCUACCUUCCUACUGCUAGACCUUAACAUGACGCAAACCAAAUCCCCUCCCCAAACCACCACAGUAGCAAACUACCUGCUCACCCGGCUCCGCCAACUAGGCAUCCAAUCCGUCUUCGGCGUGCCAGGAGACUACAACCUGCGCCUCCUGGACUUCGUGAUCCCCUCUGGCCUCCACUGGGUCGGGACCUGCAACGAGCUGAACGCCGCCUACGCCGCAGACGCCUACGCGCGCAUCAACGGCCUCUCGGCCCUGAUCACCACCUUCGGCGUGGGCGAGCUGUCGGCCAUCAACGGCAUCGCGGGCGCCUAUGCCGAGAAGGCGGGCGUGAUUCAUAUCGUGGGGACGCCGGCGCGCACGCUGCAGGAUGGCCGCGCCCUGAUGCACCACACGUUCGCGGACGGGGACUACCGGCGGUUCAGCAAGAUGGCGGAGCAUGUGACGGUGGCGCAGACGAAUCUGGUGGAUGAGAGGACGAUGCCAGAGCAGGUGGAUUGGGCGCUGAAGCAGGCGGUUUUGCAGAGUCGGCCGGUGUAUAUCGAGGUGCCGGAUGAUGUGGUGGAUGUCUUGGUGUCGGCGGAGAGGUUGGAGAGUGAAUUAGAGGUUCCAGAGGCGUUGGAGUUGGGCGGUAGAGAGGCUGAUGAGCUGAUCAAGCAGGUCCAGGAGCGCAUCUACCAGGCCAAGCAGCCUCUGAUCCUGGUAGACGGCGAGUGUCGUCCUUUGGGGAUUCUGAACCAGGUGGAUGAACUGGUCAAGAAGACCGAGUGGCCGACGUGGACCACGGUCUUUGGGAAAAGCCUGGUGAAUGAAGAACUGCCCAAUGUCUAUGGGCAUUACUCGGGGCCGCUUGCCAGCGCAGAGUGGAAGACAUACUUCGAGACGGCCGAUCUGAUCAUCAACCUGGGUCCGCACUACAGCGACACCAACACGCAGGGUUUCGCAACUAUCCCGCGGGAAUCAGUCUCGAUCUCGUUCCUCCCUAACCGAAUCCUGGUUGGCAAGGAAAUACACCGUGAGCUACCACGCUCGUUCUUACCCCGACUACUUCAGAGCCUGGACACCACUCGAAUCCCCAAAAUCACAGGACCCCCUAAACUAGUCCACACGGACCUAAGAACCCUCAGCCGUGAUGGCCCAAUCACGCAGAAGACCUUCUAUGAUUUCGUCACGCCGCUCUUCCGCCCAGACGAUCUCAUUCUCACCGAAACAGGAACUGCGUCCCACGGCGGACGGAACUUCCAACUCCCCAGAGACACGCGUCUCUUCGGCGCAGUAACCUGGCUCUCGAUCGGAUACAUGCUCCCCGCGACACUAGGUGCAGCAAUUGCGAAGCGAGAACUAAAGAAAGACGAGAAUGCCCGCGCUAUCCUCUUCAUCGGUGACGGGAGCCUGCAGAUGAGCGUGCAGGAAAUCAGCACGAUAAUCAGCGAGAAGCUCAACGUCAUUCUCUUCGUCGUCAACAAUGCUGGAUAUACUAUCGAGCGUGCGAUCCACGGACGGAAACAGGCGUAUAACGACAUUGCGGCAUGGAGACAUGACCGUGCACUUGGCUUCUUUGGGGCGGACGAGGGCCAGCUUGGGAACAAUUUCAGUGCCAGAACAUAUCAGGAGCUAGAAACCGUGCUUUCCGAUGAUCGGAUCCAGUCGGGGACUGGACUGAGAGUCAUUGAGGUAUUCAUGGACAGGGAAGAUGUGGAAGGGCUUUUGGCGAAUCUGAUGAACAGCCAGAUCGCGAAGGAACAGCAACAGUGAAUAGCC